GCUACAUAAGUGUUUUACUGCGAUUAAAGAAUAAGCCUUCCCCGUUGAAAUCCUGGACGCAGUUUAUAUCCAUUUUAAUAAUGUCAAAGGUUCAACGGUUAAAGCCCGCCCAUAAAAUUUAUGAACGAUUACUUUGGGAUCAAGAUUGUAUUUCCGGGGCUAACUUUGUAAUUGGCUAUGAGGAUAGGUUUUUGGGCAUUAUGGAAGCAACCAGAGAAGAAUUUGAAUCCGAAGAGAUACCGUUCCAUCGCGUUCGUUAUUUUAAAGAUGUUGAUACUGGGCAACAUAUAUGGGAUAGGGAGAAGCGUAUUGACCUUAUUACUCGAAUCGUCUUAUAAUAAUAAAAAUUCUUGGGAACAACAAUCACGCACUAUUCCUGUAUUUUCAACAAAAUCUAAAAAAAAUUAUCUUAAGAAACGUCGUAAAAAAUAUAGAUUACAAGAACUUAACGAAGCUAGACAACGAACGGAGGAAGAAGAACGUAUUGAAGCUGAACAUAAUCAAAUGUACGAAGAUAAAAUGCGUGAAGUAGAAGAACGCAUUUUACGGUUUCAACAAUUCCAAAUUGUUAGAACUUAAAUUCCGAUAAUAAAUUAGAUAUUUAUUUAAUUUUUUUUUUUUUU